UUGACCAUUUUUGCAUUGACAAUCAUCAAGAAAACAUUAUUAAAUUUGUUGUUAUACUUAAUAAAUUAUUAAUUGUGUUUUUUAAAUUUUGAAUAAAAAAAAUGGAAAAUUUAGAAAGAACAAGAGUACUCACAGAAGCUGGUGGUAUAAAAGUAAUAAUGACAUCUCCAAAUGAAGUUGAAAGUGGUGUUUACAUAACAUGUAGAACAUCAAUUGUCUUGAGACUUGAUGAUGAUGAAAAAAAAUCAUGUGGUUUUCAUGUAACAAGAUCAAAAUGGGAUCCAUAUCCUUGGGUUGGAUAUGUUGAGCCAGCAAGUGUUGCUGAUUUUUCUGGCUUGAGAUCUGGUGAUUGUCUAUUGGAAAUUGAUGGAAUUGAUGUUGUUGGUCUUCGUGUUAAAGAAAUAGCAUCAUUAAUUAAAAAAGAACCUGGAACAAUAAUUAAUCUUCAAGUUUGGCGUAAUACUGAACAAAAUAAUUAUCAAGAUACAUGUGAUGAUGGUGCAGCAUUAUCUGGACCAUUACCAACACUUGUUAGAAAAUUAGCAAAAGCUGUAUCUGGUACAGUACGUACACUUGAAUGUCCAGUAUGUCUUGAAACAGCAAUAUCACCAAUAUCACAAUGUGUACAUGGACAUAUAUUAUGUUCUGGUUGUCGUUCAAAAACUCCACGUUGUCCAGUUUGUCGUGUUAGACUUGGACAAGGUAGAUGUCUUGUUGCUGAUGAAGUACAACGUCAUAUACGUGAAGCAUUUGAAGAUACUAAAAUUGGACAAAAUCAAACACAAGUUAAUUUAUCAUUGAGAGAAAAAUUAUUUGGUAAAAUGGCUAAAAAAUUUGAUAUUUUAGAUGGUAAAAAAAAUCAUAAUUUACGUGGAAAAAAUAAACCAUCACUUGCUAGAUUAUUACUUGGUGGAUUUGAAAAAGCAGUAUCAGCUGAAAAUCUUGUAACAAUUGUUGAAAAUAAUCAAAGAACACAAGAUGAAUCACCAGGUGCAUACAGAAGACUUGGUGAAUUAUGUCAACAUGACAGAACAAAAUCAGCAAGUACUGGUGAACUAUGUAUAACACGUAGUGAAUCAAUGAGAAUUAAUGAAAAUAUUAAUAGUUAUAUUGCAACAUCAUCUGGACAUUUAAGUGUACCACAAACACCAACAUGGGGUGGAUCAACUGAAUCAGUUAAUAAUACAAAUAACAAUACAAAUACAAAUACAAAUAAUAUUAUUAUAACGUCAUUUCCAUGUCCAUUAUCAAGAAAAACAAAUUGUCGUGAACCAAUUAAUUAUAAUGAACUUGUUGAACAUCUUGGAAGAAUUCAUAUUGCACCACAAGUACAUUUUUAUGAUAAAAAAGCAACGAUUCCAAUUCCUCUACCAUUUGGAAGUGAUUCAAUGUACAUAUUACAUUAUGAAGAUGAAAUAUUUUUUUUUCAAUAUGAAGAUGAAGUUGCCUGGGUGACUGGAACUGGACCAGACAGAGAAUGGAUUUUAUAUGGAUGGGGUAGUGAUGGAACUGAAGUAAAAUUACGAAAACAAAUUGUUAAAAUUCAUGAAACAACAACAAACUCACUUGAUGCAAUUAAUUUAGCUCCAAUACCAAAUGCACUUUGCAUUAAUUCAAUUGAUCUUGAAAUAAUAUUUGAUAAUCCUAUUGAAAUAUAAAAUUAUACCAGUGUUUUUUU